UCUACACUGUAUAUUUAUAUACCACAACAUAAUAAUACAUGCAUGUGAUCAUUAGGUGUUCCUGUCACACCCUAUAUUUGCAAUUUAGUUUAUAAAUGUUCAGACAUAAUGUGAAACAAUCUCUGAACCAUAAAGGUGAAAGAAGCCGUGUAAUCCGGUUCAUCCGCCCGUGUUUCCUUGGGGACGACAUUUGAUGUAACACACAACAUUGGCUCUUCCUCAAACCCGCCGCGUCUUCGGAUCUCUUGAAACUUCAGCGAGGAUUUUCUUUCGUUUUAUAAUUUGACGACGAAGUCCAAAUAAAUACAGCCGGCCAGCGUGAUGCAGAUAAAGCACCAGAACAUCCGUGCGAGUCAUUUUCCGUGAGAUAAGACGACACGUUCCGCCCACAUGGACCCGAAGUAGCAUCAUCAGCGAGCAGGUGCCGGACCAUCUGUGCGGAAGGCUGCCAUGGCAACAAACUGCGCAAAUUAGAGGUGACGUUCAGUGUCAGAGGCGUGAACUGUGCGACACAAAAGGAGUCCGGCUGUAAGAAGUGAUCAACAUGUCGUCUGAGGAGGAGACUUCUCAGACAUCCUCUUCUCCCUCCUCUCCCCCUCCCUCCCGCUCCUCUCCUCCCCCUGCCUCCCAUUUCAUCGGGAAGAAGGAGGACAUUGUCAGGGCUGGGCGAGUGACCAAGCUUGUGAAUGGAUGCAGAGAUGUACUGGUCCUGCACCACCAGGGGCGGCUUCAUGCAAUGGACAUGCGCUGCUACCAUUCAGGCGGUGCACUGCAGAACGGAGACAUCGAGGAGUUUAAUGGGCAGAUGUGUAUCGUGUGUCCGUGGCACAAGUACAAGAUCACACUCGCAGAGGGGGAAGGGCUUUACCAAGCUGUGGACGACCCUACAGCCAAACCCCUGAGAACAUACUGGCGCUCCAAGGGUGUCAAACAGAGGAUUCACAAGGUCACCGAGGUCAACGGGGAUGUAUACGUCACACUGAACGACUCCAGUGAGGCUGUUGAUUCAGAUGUCUACCAAACGGAGAGAUAUAGGACCGUCUUACUCAAGGCCCAGCCAAAACCCAAGACCUAGAAAUAGCUCAAGGACUUCUUACAGUUGUUUGGGACGAUUUAGGAUGUUUUGUUGUCUUUCAUCAGAAAGCAUAUUAAAGGCCUUCACAAUCUAUUUGUCACAAUAAUAAUAUGUUUAUCAAAAAACUGUUGAUAUGUGUGAGACCCAAAAAGCCUGAAAGAGUUCUCUGAGUCCAUCAAGGUGAAAAUGUCAUGUAAUUUAACCUGUAGCUGCAGGAUGUGUGUCAUUGCAGUGUAUUUUUAUCUGCUUCAGUCUGACAUACAGAGAAAUAUUGAGUUUUUAUUUGCUUACACUUACACUUAUAAUAAGCAAAUAGUAAUAUUUCUUGUGGUCUGAUGGAGACCGAUGGAGGACAGAUGACAGAAACAGGACACUCCUGCAGACACUGGGCUCAGCAGUAAUAUGACGUAUACGAUGUACUGUAUUUAGCAUUUAUAAAAUCAUUCCUGCUUUUUCUAUCACCUGAUAUUGCAGAAGGGUUUUUUUUUUAGACAGAACUGGCACUGCAACAUAAUAUUACAGUUUGUUAUUACUUAAUGCUAAAUAUAA